AUGGGCGGUCCUGGGCGGUUUUGGGCGGUUCUGGGCGUCGCGUAUAGAGGGGCGGCGGGCCCAGGGUGGUUCGGGACACGUGGGGCUGCUGGCGCGUUUUUAGUAGCUGCUAGUGCUGUUGGGGCGUUCCUAGCAGUUGCUGGCGCUACUAGCACGGUUCGAGCGGGUGCUGGCACUGCUAGCACGGUUCUAGCAGCUGUUGGCAAUGCUGGGGUGUUUCUAGCGGCUGGUUUCAGAUGGGGCUGCGGCCACAGGAGGGCGAUGGGGACGCGACGCGGAGGGCAACGGGGAGGCGACGGGGAGGGGACGGGAGGGUACGGGGACGCGACGGGGACGGAAUGGGAGGUGACGGGAAGGGGACGGGAGGCGAAGGGGCGCGACGGGGAGGGGGCGGGGGGUAACGGGGGCGCGACGCGAAGGGCGACGGGGGGCGCGACGGGGAGGGGACAGGGGGAGACGGGGGCGCGAUCUGACGGGCCUGCGGGGGCCGUUCUAGGUCAUGACGUGGGGGGACCCGCAGGGGUCCCUUCCUAG